GCUGGAUAUCAGAUCACUCAGCAGCGCCGGCCAAUCGCAGUGGACGGCAUGCUCACUUACAGCUUCUUCAGGGAAAAGAGGAGCCAGGUGAUCCAGAAACACGUGCACAUCAAACAGAUCCAGCUGGAACAGGACAGUGGCAAGAGCCUGCACGAUGAUGUCCGCAGCCAGACGCUCAUAGAUCUUAACAGAGCAGGUGUUGGUCUAAUGGAGCUGGUGAUGGAGCCAGACAUGAACUGUGGAGAGGAGGCCGCGGCAGCUGUCAGAGAGCUUCAGCUCAUCCUGCAAGCUCUGGGUACCUGUCAAGGCAACAUGUCGGAGGGCCAGAUGAGAGUGGACGCAAACGUGUCUGUACACAGACCCGGUGAGCCACUCGGCAUCAGGACCGAAGUGAAGAACAUCAACAGCGUCCGAUUCAUGGCCAGGGCUAUAGAUUAUGAGAUCCAGAGACAGAUUGGCAUCGUGCAGAGAGGAGAGGCGGUGCAAAACGAGACCCGGGCAUAUGAUUCCAAAUCAGGAAAAACUGUGCCAAUGAGGGACAAAGAGGGCCUGAGGGAUUACAGGUUUAUGCCAGAGCCCAACCUGCCUCCUCUGAUUAUAUACGAAGACGACACUUCUCUGCCCUCUGGCAUCGAGCCAUGCCAGGCGGUGUUGGUGCAGAAAAUAAAGGAAAUGCUGCCAGAGCUACCCAGCGUCAAAAGAGAGCGGCUGGUGCAGACCUACGGCAUCCUGCCAGAACACAGCUUCACCCUGGUGAGUGAAGGGUUGACGGAGUAUUUUGAGGAGCUAAUGAAGGGGACCAAGAAGGAGCCGAAGAAGGUGAUUGGCUGGGUGACAAAUGACCUGCUGGGUCAACUUAAACAGAGAGACAUCAGUGUGAUCCAGAGUCCGAUCUCUCCUGCUGCCUUGGCUGAGCUGUUGGAGCUGCAGGAAUCGGGACACAUCUCCUCUUCGAUUGCCAAACAGGUGUAUCAGGAGAUGUGGGACUCGCCGGACAAGACGGCCGCGCAGAUCGUCCAGGAGCAGGACUUGGGGCUCAUUUGUGACAUGACAGAGCUGCACAACAUCUGCCAGAAAGUUAUAGAUUCUCAUCCCGAGAUGGUUCGUGCCAUCAGAAAUGGAAAGAAAACGGUUGUGAACAAGCUGAUGGGCCUGGUUCGGAAAGAAACCAAAGGGAGAGCCGAUCCAGUUCUGGUGAUGGAGAUCCUGAAACAGAAGACUUCCUGAUUCCUGAUUAUGGCAAAAAUAAGCCACUGUUUGUUCUUCAAGACACUGCAGUUUUGUAAAUAUUACAUUUUAUGAAGAACCAUUUGUACCAUUUAUAUGUAUUUAUGAAAUAGAUGUGUUAAAAACUAAUAAGGUUUUUUGAUUAAACCAUAUAUUCCAGCGUUGUUUUAUCAUACCUUUUUUUUUUUUCAGAAUAUACAUAUUCAAACUCCAAGAUGCAAAACAUCUAGUGUUCUAGUUUCUCCAUAGUGUUCUGUUUUAAUACUUUUUUCAAAAACACUUUAAUUAAAGGCUGAAGACUUCUUUUUUUCUACUUAAAGGGUUUGCACACAAUUUAACACAACCUCUUUUCAUAUAACCUAAUACACCAUUAGCGUUUGGCAGACUGGCCUUCAUGGUCAUUUGUGAGUCAGACCAAACUGCUGACAUGGCUUUUACUCAGGUCCAGCUCUCAGGCCAGGUGGCGAUCACUGAGCUCCCCCUUGUGGUUAAAAUGUGUCAUUCCUAUACAACCUGUUAGUGAUGCUUUUUAUUCUAGUGUAGAAAUCUCUGGGGGUUCAUCUGUCUCUUUUUUUUUUCCUUUAAGGUUGAUAUAUAUUCAAUUUAAAUAAAAUUUAAUGAUGGCAGGA